UAGUAUUUGGUUAAAUUGAUAGAAAUGAACAGCGAUCAAGAAACUAGUGGCUUCUUGCCACCCACCAACACCGGUUUCACCGAUGAACUCCGCCACCAACCAUCCUCAUCCACCACAACCCUUACCGGAAACACCCCUCAUCAUCUCCCUGGCUUCACCAAACUAAACAUCCCACCCACUGACACAACCACUCCAGACCCACACCUCGCCGCCGCUAAUGGCCGUCCAAUUUUCACCAUUCCGGCAACUUCUUUCCGCGAUGCAGUAGCGGCCACUCCCGCCGUCGAUGCCCACAACGCAAUCAGCCCAACUGUAUCAGACAUCGUUACAUCUCCCGAUCAAGAACAUACAACCACCACCACCACCACCUCAACGCCUCAGAAGGCCCGUGAGCCACCAAGAAGAAACCCACUUCGCCGGACAUUGUCUGAUACCAUUUCAACUGUUCGGAAACCCAUCACACCGGCGCCAGCGUCUUCAAAUCGAAGUGAGAGUCCCCAAUUCAAGAGACUGAAGAAAACGGACGAAAUGGUGUCCGAGAUCGAAAACAGGUGUUGGGAAGUUAGAGGUAAAAUUGGAGAAUCAAAAGAAGACGUUGAAGAUGGCAAUCCUUCUGAAGCAAUCGUGGAGCAAGAGGAAGAGGAAGUGAGAGGGGAGUUUGUGAGAUUCAGACGACUUGAGGAUGGAAAUUUAAACAUCAAAUUAAGUUGUUCGUGUGGUAAUUGCUUUGAAUUUUUGCGUAAUCGCAUUGGGUGUUUUUACAGAUUGACAAUUUGACGUAGAAAUUAGGUCAUGGAUGCAUGUUCUUCAAUGUAAGCCACA